AUGUCUGGCUCCCUGGACAGGACAGUGGCUGCCAAGAUGUCAUUUGAUGGCCCAGCAGUGGCGCUGAGUGUGGAUCGGAGGGACCCUUUCCAGGCCCUUGUCAGCUUUUCCCAGGGACCCCCAGAGUUUGUAGACCUCCAGCAGGGCAAUUCAGAGCCACUCCCCAUCAUCCAGCUGGAGCCGGAGGGUAAGAAGGCAAGGGGGGCCGUUGCGCCGGUGCAUGCAGUGGCGCUGCUGAGCAGAGACGGCGGCCGCAUAUUUGUCGGCCAGGCACGAGGCAUUAUCUCCGUGCUGGACAGGCACUCACUGCAGUUCCUGGACGCACUCAAGGUGACUGGGGCUCCACGCACGACGCACCUGACGCUGAGCCGCAAGGGCGAUCGGCUGCUGGCCAACUGCUCCGACCGUGUCGCGCGUCUCUUCGACGUCGCGGCCCCCGGAGGAGCAGACCCGCCCCAGCCCUUUGGCGCCGAAGCCGCCGCCUCCCGUGCGGCGAAGGCCGACGGCGGGGGUGCGGCGGAGGCGGGCGCGGUGCUGCGGCUGAGCCGGGAGUUCCAGAACUCGCAUGUGGAGCGCAGCCCGUGGCGGGCGGUGGUGUUCAACCAGGACAUGGAGUACGCUGCGGGCGCCACUGAAGACCACCGUUUCUACUUCUGGUCCCUCGUCGGCGCCAACCUGGCCACCAUCCUGGAGUUUGAGGGUGCCAAGGAUGACUUUUUGGACAUGGCCUGGAACCCGGCGCGCAGCUCGUUUGUGUCGGUGGGCACGUCGGGCAAGGAGUAUGUGGAGCGGGAGGACGAGUUUGACAACAACCUGCGCCCGGCUGAGGAGAACGGCCACGCGGGCGACGCCGGCAGCGACGAUGAUCCAGACGUUGACGUGGAAACAGUUGAGCCGGACCUGGACGCAGACUGGAGCAGCGACGACGAUGACUAUGAGGCGGCUGCCGCGCAGCCGCCGCUGAAACACCUGCCCAUCUCCAUCGAGCGGCAUGUCUCGCCGGCGCCUGAGGCGCCCCCAGAGGAUACGAGGGAGGAUGCGGCGGAAGACAUGGACACGGAUGGGGUGAGCCUGUCGGCCAGUGAUAGGGAUGACGCAGAUGAUGAGCCGCAGGCAGCAAGCGAACGGCAGACGGAGGCGGAGUCCGAGGCCCUGGGCCGGGGCCAGCGCAACCUGGCGCGCAGCCGCAGCCGUGGAGAGUCCGAGGACGAAGCCGACCUGCGGAGGCAGGAGAGUGCAGGGAGGAUGCGGCCGCCCAACACUGCACUCCCGUCGGGCCUGGACGAUCUGGAGAUCCCUGAUGACCUGCUGGGCGGCAUGGAACCAGCCGAUGCAGUGCCCAUGGGCUUUGCGGCCUAUGAUCUGGAAGAGAGCCUACUGCAAGAUCAGGCAGAGAGCCUUGAAGAGUACGCAGAGCUGAAGAGUCUGCUCUUGAAAAGGACACAGCGAGCCGGUGCCUUCCUUGCCGGCUACCUCUUCCUCACAGUCUCGGGAACGGCGGCACUGUCAACGCUGAUAGGAACGGCGGGCAGCUAUGCAUAUCUGAGCUGGCUUAUACAUGACAUGGACGGGCUCUCAGAAGACAUGGUGGUGCCCUUUCGCAACGCCAGAGCUCUGCCGGGAGGCCCUGUGCGGACAGUCGCCCUUGGCUUUGCAGCUUACAGGCAAGCUCUGAAGCCCAGGCUACUGGUCGCUGUAGCAUUGGCAGCGGCAGUGGCUGCUUUCAGCACUGUAUCUGAGACUCCGUUGGGGCGUGUGGAGCAAGGCUCCUUGCUGGCUGGAUUCCUGUCCUACAAGGCGGCCCUCCUUCUCAAUCUUUGGGAUACAGUGAAGCCAAGAGUUGACCCAGAGGCGAUCAGGAGGCCCAAGCGGCCAGAGCUGGCAGUGUUGCCUCCUGUGGAAGAGCUUGCAAAGCCACAAAAUCUUGCAAAUGAAGAGUGA